CAAUAGUGCCGCCGGCAGCAGUGAGAUUAUUUUUAUUUAUCACAAACAAAAUAACACAAAAUGGAGGAAUUAUACGAUAAAAUUCAAUGCAGAAACGAACAAUUGAACGAAUUGUUUAAUCUUUUUGGUGAUAUCGACGAGCCUUCGCCGUGUUCAUUGUUUCUAAGUGGAAGUUUAGGGACAGGAAAAAGUUUAUGUUUAGACGCUGUUUUACGACAUUUGGGUUAUAAAUAUGUUACUGUGGACUGUAUCGAGUGUUAUUCCCCCAAAAUUAUGUUUGAAUACAUAUUAACAGGCUUCGAAAACGAAGAUAUUGAAGUUAAAUGUGACUCAAUGCUAGAAUUUCUAAAUUGCCUUUCGCGGCUAGAAAAUAGUCAUAGAAGUUAUGACCCUAUUGUAAUAGUGUUCGACAGGGCUGAGAGACUCCGUUCUAUGGACCACAACAUCAUGGACGCGUUAUUACGGCUUCGAGAACUAUGUAACCUGAACAUAUGUACCGUCUUUAUUACUCAUCUAAUAUACGAAAACUUUUACUUCAAAAUGGGCGUCCGAGAGCCUAUAAAGUUGUAUUUUCCUAACUACAAUAAAGAUGAAUUGUUUAAAAUAAUAUUUUUACAUCAAAACCAGUAUAUUCGUCAUUUAUUGGAGAAUUAUCAGGUAGAUGAUGUCAUAAGAACUGAAUUGCAGAAACCAGAGCUGUUUGCUAAUUUCCUAAAUGCCUUUUUGAGCGUAUUCUACCGACCGUGUCGCGACCUCAUCGAGUUACAGCAUAUGGCACAAGUAAAUUUCGUAAAAUAUUGUGAACCAAUAAUUAAGAAAGAAAUCCCAGCACAAGAUUUAUCCAAACUAUGGCGUCACAUUUCUCCCAUACUUAAGACGAGUUUAGAAUUAUUAUAUUUACGUACAAGCAACUCUAAACCGUCAACACAGUCUCCAGGAAAAGAAAACGCAGUUCAACCUUAUAGUUACAACUUAGAAAACACGUUGAAAGAGGAGCUAACAUCUACAAAAACGUUCGCACAGAGCUUUGAACUUCCUUAUUAUGCAAAAUACCUUCUAAUAGCAGCUUAUUUGGCUAGCUACAAUCCCCCAAAGGAGGACAAACGUCUAUUCAUGAAGAAUCAUGGCAAACAACGAAAGAGACUACAGCAAGUUAAGGCAAAGGCGAAAAUCAGCGAGAAAUUAAACACACAGCUCGGUCCUAAAGUCUUCACGUUAGACCGUUUAUUAGCAAUCUUUUAUGCGAUUUUGGAGGAAAAAAUUGGACUGACAAGCAAUUUAUUGGCACAAAUAGCAACAUUAGUUGAAUUGAAGUUAAUUUCUGGCGGGAAAGAGAUAGAUUUAGAUACAGCAAAGUAUAAAUGCAUUGUGGGAUAUGAUUUCAUAUCGGCUGUUGCUGAAACUGUUGGUUUUAAUGUAAAAAAAUACUUGUAUGAUUUUAUUUGAUUACCUAUUCUAUUGUUUUUACGUAUGAACUAGGUUGUGUAUGGCGUGUUUUAUUUAUUGACUUUAUUAAUUAAACUUUUUUAUCCCCGCAAUGCAUCUCUAUUGUAUGGACCUGUCCAAAAAUUAAUACUCGGAAAGCUAACCAUUAAAGUUAACCAUUUCAAAAAGUAUUCAUUUAUUACUUCUCAUUAUAAUACAA